AUGGCCGCCGCGGCCUCUCGGCAGACACACGGAAGGCAGCCUCCCCGGGGCCGUGCCCGUCACCUGUUAUAUUCACUUCCGGGGAGCCGCGAGCGGACGGACUGCAGAGCUCGGGCGGCGUGAUCGGCGAGAAUAGGAGGAAACAGGAAGUGCGAAUAAUACCCAGCGAGACAGACACCGAGACAGACAGACUGGAAGACACCGAGACAGACUGGGAGAGGUAAGGGUGCUGGUCAUAGUCAGACAUACAUUGUGUAUAUAUAUAUAUAUAUAUAUAUAUACACACACACACACACACCCACCCUCUAUUACAUGGAAACAUGGGGUGUCACAUACACAUAUACCUAUUACAUGGUCAUCACAUACAGAUAUAUAUAUACACACACACAUUACAUGUAAACAAAAGGUGUCUCAUACACAUAGAUAUAUACCUAUUACAUGGGACGUCACAUAGAUAUAUAUAUGUAUAGUAUACUGUGCUGUACAUAUACAUGGGAUGUCUUAGACAUAACAAUUACACAUAUACAUGGAGUAUCACAUACAACAUAACAAUUACACAUAUAAACAUGGGGUAUCACAUAUAACAUACAUAUCAUACAUCUACAUGGGAUGUCUUCUAACAUACCUAUUAUACAAAUACAUGGGACAACACAUACAACAUACCUAUUACACAUGUACAUGGGAUGUCUAUUACAUACUUAUUGCACAUUUAGAUGGGUUGUCUUAUGGUGCAUCAUAAAUACCCAUAUGUAGACUUGGGAGAUAUUACACGUAUGCAUGGUGUAUACAUACAUACAUACUGAUUAUUUAUAUUAACCAAUGAAAGACAAUGCUAUGUAUACUAGAAGCUCUGUAGCUAAUGUUUAUGCAGUUAUUUGGUUAAAUUAAAAUGUUGUCCUAACUGCAGUGAUUACAGAAGAAGUAAACAGGCCAGGCUGUUCAGGCUGGGAAAUGAAUUAGAAAGGCAGAGGCUUCCUAAAUCUAUAAUUAGGAUAAAUAUCAUAGAAACUGUGGGUAGAGAUAGGAGUCACACCUACCCUUACCUAAUGUAAAAUCAAUCAUUCAGACAAACAUUUGCAUUGUAAAAUGUUAAAAUCCUAGUGGAUAUCCCUGAUAUUGUAUUGAUUGGGACUAUAAGACAAUCUAAAUGCUGGACCUGCCUUUUUGUGGCAAGAUAAUAUAUAGUCGUUUCAGAGUGUCAUAAAUAUCUCAAAUGAUAAACUUCCUGGCUCAGAAUUCUGUUAUUGCUGGCACUUACAAUAACUGUCAUCUGUAUACCAACACUAUUACUGUAUUCACGUCUAUCCCGAAUCCAGUGGUGGAUGGAUCUAUCACAAAGAAUGCAAGGCUUGCGAAAACGGAUUCUCUGAUUUUGUGUUUAACAGUCUUUUUAAUAUAUAUAUAUAUAUAUGUGUGUGUAUGUAUAUAUAUAUGUAUGUGUGUAUAUAUUUUUUUUUUUUUUUUUUUAAGGACAGUAUACAAAAAAAUCUGUUGCUUACUUGAAUUUCCAGAAAAUUUGACAACUCUUUUUAUGCCCAUGCUGAUAAGUAUUAAAUGAGCUGAAAAAUAGCAUGAAGCCAGAUUAUCUUAUUAUUUACAAUUAGUUGAGUCAUUUCAUACACAAUUGAUGUCCAAGGGUGACAAAAUUGAUUUCCUGAGUUUAUUGAGUCUCUCCAGUAGGGAAGAUCACGCCAAUUCAAUGUUGCUUAAUAAAUUAACAUAUCACCAUGGCAACGUAGCCAUUUUUUUCAGAGGCUGCUAAUUCUUACACCUUCUUGACAUGUGUAGGUGCGCAUUGUCAUGGCUGACUCUGUAAUGUGCAACUGGGCCAACCGGCAUUUUAUUACUUUCAGGUGCCUGAGAAUGGCCCAGAAACCGACGGGACUAUAAAUUUGGCACAUACAUGUAAAGAGUCUGAAAGAACUCUACAUACCAUGUUUACACAAUGUACUUGUUGAUUUCAUUAUCCCCUAGUGCUAACAAACUGUUGCCAUAAAUGUUGUGCAGCUCAUUAUAGAAAUGUAGCAGGAUUUCAGAAUAGCAAAGCAUGUUUGUUUUCUUAGAGACAUAUAUCUUUAUUGUCAUUUUUUAUUUUGUUCCUUAGUGGAGGAUAGGAAGGAAGUUCUUGCAUAUAGAAAGCCUUUUGCUACAUACACUUGAGAUAUAUCGAUAGAUGUUUAUUUUCAUUGUUUCUUUCAAAGACCUUUUACGAGAAUAUAGCACUUUUUUAUCAUAUACUCUCACUUUACUGUUGAAAAUGCAGCAAAAUGGAUAUAAAAAAUUAUUAGAAGGGAAGUCCUGUGUUACUCAUUUGUUCAUGUUCAUGUUUUUUUUACAUGUCCUUAUCAUUCUCCUACAUGUACGUGUCCCAUCGCAUGUGUUUGUCACUGCAUGCAUACGGUAGUUGUGGGAGAUGUCAAGAUGAUGUAGCCGUCUUGGUCACAUUUUGGGCAUUUAUUGCAACCCUUGUCGUAAUGUGAGUGUGGUUUCAGUUAGUUUGUGUAGUCUUCUGAUUCGAGCAGUCUACGGAUAGAAAAGAAAAGAGAAAAAGAUGUAAGAGAGUAAAGAGAUAAGAGAAGAGGGGAAGAAAGGGGAUUUUACUGAGCUACGGGCGAUCUGUUAUAAUAAUCAAUACCCCCAGCAGAGUCACCCCCGUCCGGCCUCAUUUUGCAGGGAAUGAGCAGUUGUCGUGGUGUAGCACAGGGGACAUAUGGUUAGGGGGUGCAGAUACUACUAAGGGUGGCGUGGUCUCUGCCAUCACCCCCAACUACAGUGUCCCCCGUCACUCAUAGGCCCCGGGAUAUGAGCACGAACCAUGGCUGCCAUGUUUCCGCAUGUUUACUUGCCCUCCCCAAAAGAGAGGAUUGUAUCGCUUCAGCCCCCCUGAAUGCCCUCUACUCUGCGGAUCCAUUCCUCCUCGCGGAGUACCUCCGCCCGCCUCCAGUAAACCGCCUUGGCUGUGUUUAGCAGGUGUCAAUUUUAUUUUUUUAUUUUUUUAAAGCGAUAUAGAUUGCGAGGAUAUAUGCAAGAGGGCCAGUUCAGCUGACCAACCGGCAGGGUCUCCUAAGAUCUCCGCCACUCUGGUUCUAAUCCUCUCUCAGUACGUAAUGUUACGGCAUUCCCACCAGAUAUGUAUUGGCGUCCCUCUCUCUGCUUGGCAUCUCCAGCAUGUUGGGGUUGUUGUCAGGAAUAUUCUAUGAAGUAGAGUUGGAGUCUUGUACCACAGUGAUAACAGUUUAUAGUUAGUCUCCUGGUAUUGUGAGCUGAUGGAACUCUUAUGUUGCCAGAUUAAUGCUUUGUCCCAUUGUUGAGAUGAGAACACUUUGUCCAAAAGUGUUUCCCAUUGUCUGCGAAAGGUGGUGUUCGCCAUGUGGAUAAAGUGUGGUUCUAUCGAACCAGGUGAAUAUUCACUUUCAUUUCCAACUUUAAAUUUGUACUUGAAAGCAUUGCUUUAAGGCCCCAUUUAUUUAUUUAUUUUUCUCCUCCAAUAUUGAUUUUCAUUCUAUAUUGAUAGAUAUAUAUAUAUAUAUAUAUAUAUAUUUUUUUUUUUUUUAUCUCCCAGGUUUCCUCUCUGAAAGUCUGCAGGUCUUCAUGGGGACUGUAGAUGCAAACUUUAUUCUUGCAUUUAAGAGGGCUCGGCAAGCACUACAUUGGUUCUGAAACCGAAGUCAACAUGCUUACUUUAUUGGGACAGUACAUUGAGAUCAUGCCCAAAAUAUAGAUUUUAUUUUUAACCUUAAAGGGACACUAUAGUCACCGGAACAAAUACAGCUUAUUUAAUUUGUUUUGGUGAGUAGAAUCAUUCCCUUCAGGCUUUUUGCUGUAAACACUGGCUUUUCAGAGAAAAUGCAGUUUUUACAUUACAGCCUAGUGAUCACUUCACUGGCCACUCCUCAGAUGGCUGCUAGAGGUGAUUCCUGGGGCAGUGCUGCACAGUGUGACUGACAUUCAGUGUCUCCACCCUCUGCAUGCAGACACUGAACUUUCCUCACAGAGAUUCAUUGAUUCAAUACAUCUCUAUGAGGAGAUGCUGUGUUUGGCUUGUGCUGGAUCUGCCUCCUUGUCAAGCUCAUACAAGGCAGCAGACUCAAAAGUAAACGUUUUCUAUAUUCGGUGCUAGGUGGUGGUUUUAACACUAUAGGGUCAGGAAUACAUAUUUGUGUUCCUGACCCUUUAGUGUUUCUUUAACGUGGUCUUUUUAGGACACGCUGCACUCACAGGAAUGACGUAAAGUUGCUUGGAAUUGCUUCAUUCUGAGCAGGUUAUUUGAUCUGGCUAUCUUAUCUUCAUGCUGUAUGUGACAAAAUUGUAUUUCUGCAUAUUUAAUUUUUCUGAAUCGUUGGAAAACCUUGCAAGACAAUAGAUACUAUGUAAUACCACAAUUUCUGUUAAAGAUGAUUGAAUAACCAGUAACACAAAUUUUUGAAUUGUAUUUAUACUCAUCUCACUAGCAAGUGUCAGACAUGGCAGGUACAGGUAUGCGGAAAAAUAAAUUGCAUAGGUGAAAAAAACAUAUUUAAUGUACAGCAGUGAACUAACCAGUGAUCUGAUUUUAUUUAUUUAUUUUUUCAAUUCUUUAUUUAGGUCGUGCAUGAGCAUAACAGUCAAGUGUGCAUAACCACAAUGGUUGUCGUACACAGAUCAUAAAACAAAGGAUUAUAAAUAUGUGGUGUUAUAAGCUAGGCACAUUUUUUGUUUUAUAUAGAGAAGACUAAAAGAUACAUUCCGGUCUAGGCAAGCAUUUUCAUAUAUUUGUCAUAAAAGUGACCUGCUAGAAGGCUUGCAGGGAACGUUUGAGGCUAUAUUCUGUGCGAGAUUGUGCUAAUUUACAGAAGUGUACAUAUGCAAAUUUUGUGAUUUGCUUUUACUGUUCCCUGGUGAACUAAAAAUAUAAUAAAAUAAAAUAACGAGGUACCAUGGCCCUACUGGGGAUAAACACACAAUUUAUUGUUUCAUCCUGGUUGGUAUAGCUAUCGUGAGGAGCGUUACUGGCAUUUAGUCGCCGUUGAAAUGCUGCCAGGAUUUUUCAUGUGGGGCGUGUUAUGCCUAAAUCUAGUAGUAAUUACGCCCGGCUAUGGCAGAUUUGUGGUCUAUAGGUAUGCUAGGCUAGGGUUUGGCGGGGGGGCGAAGCAAAGUGGUCGAUAGACCUUCCUAUUAAAGGAGUGUGGCCAACAGGCAAUUAACUUUAGCAGCCUAAUAACUUAACCGUGGCUGUAAAACAUGUAAAUAUAUGUAACAAUUGAACAAUUAAGUCCAGCAUAUCACGGUUCAGUGUCCAACAUGUUUCAGGUAGUCACAUUCCCGAUCAGGUCAGCCGUGGCACCGCGAGGGACGAAGGGUGUCACACUUUCGGGGUUCCACCUGUGUGUCGGUUUGGUUGUACCUUGAGUUACAGCUCCAUUCAGAGCGUCCUGAGGGAGUCCCAGUGUGGGGAGUAGCGCUGUGGCUUCCCGGAGGUCUUGCACUUCGUAUGUUGUAUCUUCAUGUAGGAACAUCAAUUUGUGGGUCUGGUGCCAUUUAUAUUUUAGUCCACGUUUCUGCAGAAGUGUUGUGAGUGGUCUGAGCGACCUUCUCCAGGGGCCAAGGUGCCCCCUGUGAGGUCCGCGUAAAAAGAUAGUUCCAUUGUUUCGAAUUUCUAGGGGGAGUAGUUUCUGGCCGCUGCCAGGACAGCAGUUUUGGCUGAAUAUUGCUGGAACCGGACGAUCAGGUCCCGUGGCGCUGUCGCUGGAGCCGAGGCCGGCUUUGGUGCCCGGAACAAACCAUCCACGGUGAGUGCUUUUGCCUGCCGUGGUGAUAGUAGGGCCGCUAGUAGGCGCCUCAGGAGGUGCGGUAGUUCGGCCUGUGGGGUAUUCUCCAGGAUGCCCCGUACCUUAAUGUUAUUAGCCCGGCGUGCAUCCUCUAACGCCGUAAAACGACCUUCAUGUUCGACGUUCAGUUUCUGCAAACCUUGAACCUCUUGUUGUAGUGAGGCAAGUUGGUCUGAGCAGACGUUGGAGGCAGUCUCUAAUGCUCCCAUGCGGCCUUUCAGGACGUGUAUGUCGUUGCGGAGUGAGGCAACGUCUGCAUGUAUGUUCUCUUGGAGGUCCGCGAGGAGCGCCUUCAAUACCUCCGUAGUUACCGGUGAGGCAUCCGUCUUUCGGACGGCUGGGGUAGGUCGCUGCAUGGGUGUUAAGUCCGCUGUAUCGUCCCCUGAGGAGAAAUCGUCUGAUAAGUCGGAAUAGUUUUCCGGGUAGGCAGCCAUCUUGGGCCUAGUGGUCUCGCGUGUCUGUUGCAGAAGAUCCGCAAUGUUAGGUCCCUGCCUCGGUUUUUCGGGUUUUAUUUUCUUGGUUUUGCGCCCCAUCUUGUUGUAUUAUCACCCUUGGACCUUGAGAGGAGCCCAAAGCGGGUGCAAUUGUGUGCAAAAGAUGAUUUUGGGGCCGAAAAUGCCGGAGCUCUUUUGUCAUGCGACUGUUCAGCUCGGCUGCUUGGCUCCGCCCCCCAUUAAAAAAAUAAAUAAAAUUUUUUUAAUGUAUAAUGAAGCUUAAUCAGAAGUUAGUGGGUCAGAUUGCCUAUUGGCCCAAGAGAGGGCAGGAAAUAGGCUGUCUCUGGUAAGCUCUUACUCUAGGAAUACAGCCUUCUGGUACUACGGAGUCUCUUUAUCUUUUUAAUGAAGGAGUUAACCUGAAUAGUCAAAGCUGUGAUGUCACAAGAAAAGCUUUUAUAUCUUACACAAGUUUUUCUGUUACCUGUGUCCCAUGUGACACCGCCUCCACCUCCUACGGGUGAGACCAGGUAGGCAGACGUCUAUAUGGUGACAUCUUUUCUUUCGAGAACCCUCUAAUUAUAAAGGGAAACCUCUAAUCAUAAAUUUAAUGCAAGGUAGAUAUAACAUUUUACGAGAUGGAAAGUCCUGUGUGCUGCCAGACAGGUAACGAGGAACAUAAAUUAUUAGGAUCAGAUGUAAACGUUCCUUUUUAUACAGGGCUGCACAUGUGUGGUAUCAAAUCAGAGAGAGUAAAGUUUAGGUAAUGGUAGUUUUGCAACACUUUAUACAACCAAACUCCCAUCUCUAAAAUGCAAAGUUUAGUGCAGGUUUCUGAUCUACAUGCUCGGUCACGGAUAAGAUCUGCCUGUUCAGUAAGAGACCAGUUUUCUGGUAAGAUGAGCAUUGGUGUGAUGAUGGCUGAUAAAUUUUGAUUUGUCUGAACAAGUAACAUUUUAUUUAUUUUCAGCAUAAGGAAUUCCGAUCCUUUUUUUUUUGUUAACUGAACUUUAUGCACAGGAGGCUGCUGCAGGUUCUAGAAGGCAAUGAUCAGAGCAGGUGAUAAAAACUUCUAAAGUAAACACACUGCUGUGAGAUAUGAAUAUGAAACUUUUUCCUUUCAUGUUGGCUGUGUGAGUGACUGUCACAGGAGAUGUAGUUAAGGCUGCAGAAGCAAAAGUGACUUAACUCCUACAUGGCAGACAAGUGAAACCGCCGGGGAUGAUCUAUGCACCAAAACCACAUCAUUACACUUAAGCUGUUUUGGUGCUUUAGUGUCCCUUUAAUUUAUUUAAUUAGGAACUUGUGUAGGUAGAAAUAGCUCUUCCGAUUUUAUAUGGAAUGUACUGUGAACUUUAUUGCCCAAUUCUGGGCUUUGGAUAUUAAACACAUUCGUCAUUUUUAACACCCAUAAAAGAAGGUCUCCAAGUGUGGCCAAAUUUGACUUGCUCUUAAAAACACUGCUGCUACCGACAAGUUAAUUGAAGCAUCAGUCAAGGUUCAAAAAGCCUGUAAAACAAGAUUACAAUGUCACUUUUGUCAUUAGUCGAGGAUUGCUGUUGCCUGCUUUUCUCUUGUUUUUCCUCCUUUAUAUUUGUAGUUCACGGUGAAGAAUGUUGCACAGGUUGGAACCCUAUUGACCAUGCCUGAACAAUCCAAAUCCUAUCUAUUUUCUGAAAUUCCUCCUCUAACAAAGGGAUAUUGCAGUCAUUUAUAGUCUAGUUUCAAUCUAGGCUUCCACUCCUGCUAUUGGUAGAAUAUCUGUACCUCUGUACAUUCACGGCUACAAUUUUAAACGAUGAGUAAAGCACAUAAAUACAUACAAGAUUAUAGUUGGGAAUUUCAAAUUUUAGGCCAAUAAAGUCUAAAUGAAACUGGCUUGGAUAAAUUUGGCUGUUAUGACCUAUAGUUUGAAGUUCGCAUUGUGUUCGUGACAAUGUAUCCUUUAGUAAAUAACCUUUAGGGAUUAAUCACCCUUGUAAUUUGCUCAGAAAUUGUGUCACUGUUGGAAUUAAGUUGUUAUGGUGCAAGGAGUUCCCCAGGCGCUGGCUUACCUAAGGUGCUACACACUGACAAAAUGUCUUGAAAAAAACUCAGCUAAUCAGCCGUGCCAGUUUGUGGCUUCAUGUAUCAAGUCUCCGACUGCGGCAGAAGGAGAUAGGGAGAGUGAUAAGGUGCUGGAUUAGCAGAUCGAUCAGGUGCUGGAUUCGGCAUUUUGGGGUAAAACCGUUAUGUAAAGUAACCCUUCAGACCCCCUAAAGCACUUAAGCUUGCUGAAUUGCUUUGAUUGUAAAGAGGGAGCCUUUCUUACCCGCCUCCCAUAAAUUAUCCUUGUUAUAAACCUCUGGCUGUCAGACAACUGGUCUUGUUACUUCUACUGGUUGUUUAGCUCAGUUGAGCAGCACUCAAGAAUCGUCAAUAGCUGAGCACCCGCCAUGCAAAGACUUCUCAGUGAGCUGCAUUGGGAAGUCUGAUUGGACAGUCACACAAAGUCUGGGCGGGGUAAGAAGGGGAGGACUUACAAAGGUUUUAGACAAGAGAUCUGUAGCUUUUUGCAAUCUGUUUUUUGAUAUGCCCCAAUGGACAAGAAUGCCUAAUUAAAUGCAUGUUUUGUUUUUUUUUGGGGGUGGGGGGGGAGGGUUCUAUCUACUAAACAGUGGUUUAUAUAUUUAUUUUUUAUUUUUAAUCUGGACAGUAGUGUCCCUUUAAUAGUUUAACCCAUUGCAGUAAACUGGGACCUUCUCUCGCCAUAAGGGCUAAAUCGCAAUUAAGUUGCUAAAGCACCUAGAUUAACCCUUUUAAGGUACCAUUAAUAUGAAUAAAAGCUAUUAAUUAGUUCUUGUCUGAGAUAAACCAAACUGUCAAUGUAUUCUUUUUUUUAAUUUUUUUAAUGCAUUUUUACCGUCUUUAUUUGUUUCAGACCUGGAUGUGGGCGAUGGAUGUAUUUCUCAGAUAAUAUUGGACACUGAAAAUCCAUGCGAUUUGGAUCUCUUACGGGAACAUAAUGGAAAAAAACAGGAUUGGAGAUCGUGACGUUGUGAAGCAUACACAUUUCUAGAUGAUUGUUCUUGCUUUUAUUGCAUUUUAUGCUAGUAGGAGCAUUGUACAAGCUCUUUUGGUGAGGUUUGGGCACUGCAGAGUGUGUUUCAAUGAACAAUUGGGGGCCACAACUAUGGGGAACACCUGUGUAUGCAGAGAAGAUAGUGGAGUGGAGGACAAUAUUGAUUCUUCAAGCCAGCAAACAGAUAACCGCACUGUACCUGCAAAUGAUUCUAGAAGCCGAAUUAGGGACCCUGUGAGAACGCCACGAAGGGGUCGGGGACCACAUGAGCCACGGAGGAAAAAGACGAAUGUGGACAGCCUGGUGCUGGAUACUUUGGCUGUGAUCAGAACUCUAGUAGAUAAGUAAGCCCUUUUCUUACUUUAAAAUUUAUUGUAGUGGCAUCUCCAAAUAUAUUUAUAGUUUCUCUAAGCUGUGUUUUUUACAUAUUUGAAUUUUUUUGUGUUUUUUAUUGUUUGAAACUAUGCCUUCAUUUCAAUUUAACUAAACUUUAUUAUCUCCUACAUUCCUAAAAUAGAAGAGAAAGUCUUUUUGGCGACAUAAGGACGAGGUGGUCACAGGGACUAUUUCCAUUGGUUCUUGUUAUGCAACAUUGUAUUAGCUUUCGCUUUUUCUGCUUUCUGUUGCCAUGCAACAUUCUCAUUCAUGGAACAACAUUGGGUUUCGUCAUUGAGCGCCGAAUUGCAAAUACAGGCAACAUGACGUUUUUCAAAUUUUUGUUAUUUUUAUUUUUUUAACUAAAUUUUGACAUUUUGGUUUUCAAUUUACCGAUUUAUGAUUGUCUGUAACAUAAAAUGUAUCAAUUUGAGCAGCCUGAAAAUGAUAAAUUAGUACACUUUAAAUUUCUGCAUGAACGGUCUAAACCAAUGUUCAUUUUUGUGCUUCAUAGUAGAAUUUGGUCCCUUCUUUCUCCUUAUUUAAUGUUUUAGUAGAGCUUUAGGUUGUGAUAGGCCUUUGUAUGAAAUAUUGGAGAACGUUGAUGUGAAACUCCUUGCUAUCCCAGACAGGGCUAUGAGACAGCCAUGCAUUACCUCCAAUAAUAAAUAAGAUCUAAAAUGGGUAUUUCUCCAAAACAAAUCUUACAAAGGAAGAGACUGUAGACUAGUGCUGUGCGUAAAACCCCGUUUUCACACAUCAGAUUAAAAAAACACUGUUUGGCUGUGAUAAAUAUGUCGUCUUCCUCAGAAUAACUGGAUGUUGUGAGAUCAAGAAAUGUUCUAACAUUUGCUCAUUGCAAAUUGUUUGUAGGUCAUGUAUCCUGUCUAGAAGAUGAGCUGUUGAUGAGUUCUCUAAUAUUUUUUUUUUUUGUUUGUUUGGUAAACAUUGAUUCUUUGUAAAUCUAAAAAUACUACUGCCAUCAAAAGCUGAAAUGUAACACGUUUAUUGCAGUAGUAUGUACAGGGAUACUAUAGACACCCAGAUUCGUUCAUCUCAAUGCAGUGGUCUUGGUGCCAUGUUCCUGUUAUAACUCUGCAGUGUAAAACAUUGCCAAUCUGCAGGUACAACAAUAUUUACAUUUUAGGUUUUAAAGAGUCACUAUAGGCACCUAAACAUCUUUAGCUUAAUUAAGUUGUUUUGGUGUAUAGAUCAUGCUUUUGCAGUCUCAUUGCUCAAUUCACUGCGGUUUAGGAGGUCAGUCACUUAAAGGGACACUCCACUGCCCAAAUACAAAAUAAAUUAAAAUCACUGUUUAGUAGAUAUACCCCAAAUGAAAACUUUUUUUUAUUUUUUUUUAUUGAAAGUUCCAUCUAAAAACAGCUGCAAAUCUCGUCUGCUGCUUUUGCAAGCCCUCCUCUUCUUACCCCGCCCAGACUUUGAGACUUUCCAAUCACAGACUUCCCAAUCCAGCUCAAUGAGAAGUAUUUGCAAGGCAGGUGCUCUGGGCAAUUACUGCCUCUUGAGUUCAGUGCAGAUUAGCGAACCAAACCAGGAAGUAAAUGGACCUGUUGCCUGCUUGAAAAUCUGUUGCCACAGAUUUGGAGGUAUGCGUGCCCAACCAAAUGUCAUGCUGCUACCGGCAGCAUUUGAUUCCAAGUUUUACUCUGUUCCAGAGGAGGAAGUACCUUUUGUGGCUGUCAGGAUGACAGCUGGAAGAGGUGUGUUUUAACCAUCCAUUGUAGACAUUGCAGAUUCUCAAAAUAGACUGCAGUGUUUUUUUUAUAUUGCCCAGUUAAGAUGGCAGGACUAGUGAGAUUGAGAUGAAGUGGUCUGGGUGUCUAAAGUGUUUGCUUAAUUGUGUGCACUUUACCUGGAGGCAAUGUGGCAUAAAUGUUUGGGCUAGGAUUCCCUGUCUGUGGUUAUGGCUCCCUGCACCCAGGGGGAUUCCCGGUCUGUGGUUAUGGCUCCCUGCACGCAGGAAGAUUCCCUGUCUGUGGCUAUGGCUCCCUGCACGCAGGGGGAUUCCCUGUCUGUGGCUAUGGCUCCCUGCACGCAGGGGGAUUCCCUGUCUGUGGCUAUGGCUCCCCGCACGCAGCACGGGGAUUCCCUGUCUGUGGCUAUGGCUCCCCGCACGCAGGGGGAUUCCCUGUCUGUGGCUAUGGCUCCCGCACGCAGGGGGAUUCCCUGUCUGUGGCUAUGGCUCCCCGCACGCAGGGGGAUUCCCUGUGGCUAUGGCUCCCUCAGGGGGAUUCCCGUCUGUGGCUAUGGCUCCCUGCACGCAGGGGAUUCCCUGUCUGUGGCUAUGGCUCCCUGCACGCAGGGGGAUUCCCUGUCUGUGGCUAUGGCUCCCUGCACGCAGGGGGAUUCCCUGUCUGUGGCUAUGGCUCCCUGCACCCAGGGGGAUUCCCGUCUGUGGUUAUGGCUCCCUGCACGCAGGGAUUCCCUGUCUGUGGCUAUGGCUCCCCGCACGCAGGGGGAUUCCCUGUCUGUGGCUAUGGCUCCCCGCACGCAGGGGGAUUCCCUGUCUGUGGCUAUGGCUCCCUGCACGCAGGGGGAUUCCCUGUCUGUGGCUAUGGCUCCCCGCACGCAGGGGGAUUCCCUGUCUGUGGCUAUGGCUCCCCGCACGCAGGGGGAUUCGCUGUCUGUGGCUAUGGCUCCCCGCACGCAGGGGGAUUCGCUGUCUGUGGCUAUGGCUCCCCGCACGCAGGGGGAUUCGCAGUCUGUGGCUAUGGCUCCCCGCACGCAGGGGGAUUCGCAGUCUGUGGCUAUGGCUCCCCGCACGCAGGGGGAUUCGCAGUCUGUGGCUAUGGCUCCCCGCACGCAGGGGGAUUCGCAGUCUGUGGCUAUGGCUCCCCGCACGCAGGGGGAUUCGCAGUCUGUGGCUAUGGCUCCCCGUACGUAGGGGGAUUCGCAGUCUGUGGCUAUGGCUCCCCGUACGUAGGGGGAUUCGCAGUCUGUGGCUAUGGCUCCCUGUACGUAGGGGGAUUCGCAGUCUGUGGCUAUGGCUCCCUGUACAUAGGGGGAUUCGCUGUCUAUGACUACCUGCAUGCUAGGAGGCUCAAUAACGAAUAUAUUUUAGCACUUAGGAGGAAAGAAAACUAGUUUUAGGAGCCAAUGAUUUCUGUAGCUUCCAAAAGAGUUCUAUAUCACUUAUUCUCACCGGUAUCUGCUUGCUUCAGGAGCCAGGGCUGCUUGGUGCAUAUGUAAAAAACUAUAGAACAAGAACUCUGUAUCUGCUUGGCUUUGAUUCCCAAAAUGAAAGUUCAAACAUCUGUGAAUUGGCAAUAUUCCUUGGCACUGGUCUCUCUGAACAGAACUAUUUCAAAUUAUUUUAUUUUGCUCUCCUGUAUAAUUUUUGAUUAUUAUUUCUUGAUUGUAAAUGUGUUUGUUUUUCCAGUGAUCAGGAACCUCCUUAUUCAAUGAUUACAUUACACGAGAUGGCCGAAACCGGUAAGUUUGUGUUCUGUUACAACUGUCAAUAUAUCUGUGAAUGGCCAGCUUAAGAGGUAGGAGUACGAACAUAGGAUAGACUUGGGCCCUCGGCAGAGCAUAGAUGCCUAAACGGGACAUAUUUGUGUUUAGUGAGGAUAGGUAGGUUGGAGCAGCAUUGUGUAGAGAUUUGUAAGCACGUACCAUGAUAGCCCACCCAUUGUUCAGCACUGCGGAAUUUGUUGGCGCUUUAUAAAUAAUACAAAACCAGAUUUGUUUAGCCUUAGACAUGCCAGGCACAUGGACAUAAUUCUGCCUGUAGGAUUUCUAUACUAUUUAUAUCGAAUCCAUGGAAGGUGCUUCUUUAGAAACCUCCUGAAAUCUUCAUUUUUUUUAUUUUUAUUUUUUUAUUUAACUCCUCACAGGCAAGAGCAGUUAACUUGUGAUCAUGUUAUUUUAUGUAAUGUUUAAUGAGUCACACUUCUAUUUUCUAUGUGAUGAUGAAGCAAUAUUUCUCAACGAUUUGAUUUUUUUUUUUUUUUUCCUGUGCGUUUCGCAUUCUACCUACAGAUAAUGGCUGGCUGGAUGUGGUGCAGUCUCUUAUUAGAGUCAUUCCAUUAGAAGAUCCUCUGGGUCCUGCUGUCAUAACCUUACUGCUAGAUGAAUGUCCGCUGCCAACAAAAGUACGUUUUGAUGAUCCUAUCCUUUGCCAAAUAUAUUCUUUGAUUGCACCGAGCAAUUAAUGACUUGCAUGCUGAUAACGAAUUAGAAAUCCAGCCUAAGCAACAAUCAUCAGGAAUACAAUGUGCAGUAAUUAAUGAUUUAUGCACUACUAAACUCAUUUUACUAAUGCUCUGUAAAGUUAAACAGUUUGCUGCCAGGGACCUCUUAGUGAAAUUAUUUUUGCAGCCAAUAAAAAAAAAAAAAAACCUGUUUGGGAUUUGCCAGCAUGUCCUGCUGUGUCUAAUAUAGAUUUAUUCUGAUAGACAUUCAAUGAAAAAUUGUAUUUACUGCUUUGAUUUGUCAAACAAGCCCAUCUGGGUAUUAUGUGUAUAAAAUAUAUAUUGACUGGCUUUUGAUGAAUUGAAUUACUGCUCAUGUUACAGCAUGCAUGCGCAACACUUAUUCAGUUAAAAAGCAAAAUGAGUCAGAUAAGACUGUAAGCUUUGUUUUUUGUUAAAGCUGCUCCCUCAUUGCAAUUAUGCAACAAAAUGAUCAUUACUUCUGUGUUUUAAAGUGCCUGUAGUUAACAGGAGGGAUUACAUUUAUGCUUGAGUAUCACCCCAAACUUAUAUAUAUAUUUUUCCCUAUUAUUUCCGCUUCUCUUCCUCUUUCAGAAUUUCUUCUUUCUUUCUGAUCUAUUUAUUUUUUUUAUUUUUUGUAAACAAAAUGUUCUACGCUUGACAAGGAGUGGAACUUAAGAAAACUUCACUUUUUGUCAUCUGACCUUUACCAGCAAUAGUCACCUUUUGCUUCCAGUCCUUCUCAUAGCCUUGCGAGAUAACCAACCUACAUCAACUGAUCUCAAUUGAGCAUGUACCCCUUUUUCUCAUGCUCCCAACUGAAUCUCCGGUUAGAUAAUUACAUGGUAAUCUAGUAUAGGAAAAAGUCUAUCAAAUUCAACCUCUAAAGGUUUUUUUUUUUUUUUUUACUCUGUGAAUCCAAAAGAAGGUUCCCACAACAUUUAUAGCCUGCAAAUUCCCUUCUCGUAAAUUUGUAUGUUUGGGGGGAAAUGUAUUUAUUUUUAUUUUUUAAACGUUGUUACAUUGCAGGAGGACUGGUUUUCUCCAAUCACCAUGCCAUGGCCUCCAUGUCUGUCUUGGAUUUGCUUAGAAUUUUGUCAAGUUUAUAUUUUUUUUUAACUUUAUUGUAGAUCUUUUUAUGGGCUGCAGACGUUUCCCCGCAUGCCUGAUUAAAAGGCAUUAAUGUGGUAACCUCUUUGCAUUGUCAAAUAAGUCACAUUUGCCUCUAAAUUUCCUUCCUCUUUAUACCGCCAUUACAAAAUCUGCUUACCAAACCAUUAAUCACUGUCUCGAAUACUGGUUAAAUCUGCUUUGCAGUAGCAUCCUAUCUUCAAAACCUAUUAUGCAGAUCCUCCCCCAUGACUGUGACCUUGAUUUUGUCAACUCUCUCUAUCCCUGCCAGAAAGGAGCCAUCCCCCUCACCAUAUGCAGUUCCCUGAAAUCCAAAAACAUAAAUAUUCUAAUGUCUUCCUCUACUCCUUCUGACUCAGUGUUCAUAUUUUUGUUUCUCUUAGUCCUCGCAGCUAGCUUGGUUUCAUACUCUGGAACCUGUAUGACAAGCCAAGUGGGCAUCAUAACAAAGGAAGUCUAAAUUGGCUUUAUUCCUUUACUGUUUUUACUUUCUUUUGAGUAGAACCACUUACAACCACUAGAGAAUGCAAUAUCAUUAGAACACAGAAGUACUACACCCAUCAUCCCAAACCACAGCUGUAACCUCAACCAAAUUCACUCUAGUCUAGUGGUUCUCAACACAGUUCUCUAGGCACUCCAAUGGUCCAGGGUUUGUCACUGUUCCCGCUGGAACAGAUGUAGAAAAUGCUGAGCUGUAGGUGUGCCUUGACGGACUGUGUUGGGGAGCACUACUCUAACUCUUAAAAGAACUCUUUGAUCUCAGCUUUGUGAAACUUCACACCUGUGACAUCAAAUAUUCCAGCAGUUCUAAUCCAACCAUAGACAGUCCUUUGCUUUACCGUAAUGUAGAAUGGUUACAAAGAGCUAUGCACUCCCCCAUCAACAAUGUGUACCUUACUAUAAACACAAACACUUUUUUUCCUUUUCUUCCGCCUUUUUUUUUUGAGUGCUGCACAGAAUUACCUUUGCAAUCCCAGCAACAAUAGGUAUUGCCAUUUCACUUGGUUUACCAGCCAUUCUUGGCCAUACUAUGAGCCAGGUGCCCACAGCUUACCAGGCCCGCUGAAAUAUUCUCAAUGUCUGAUGUUAACCAGCUGGAUCUCAGACAACUUUUCUAUCUAGAUAGGAGUUGCUAAUGCUAGCAAAGCAUCACGGAAGAGAUAGUUCUAAACGAGCUGGGAAUCUGCCUUUCAGCAAUCCCUGGAUUAGGCUAAUCUGUAUCCUUAUUGGAUACUGAGUUGACAGAUUUUUACAGAGCAAGAUUUUGCUCUCCUUUAUAAUAUCUGAUUUCUGAUUAUUUCUUGAUUGUAAAUGUGUUUGUUAAAGGACCACUCCAUUUCCUCCAUUCUGUUUUAAAUCACUGCUAUAGUAUAACCUCAAUGAAAACAUGCAUGCAUUUUUUUUUUUAUAAUCAAGAGUAUAUCUAAAAUCAGCUUGCGAAAGCUGCAGAUUUCGUCUCUGUAGCCUUUGCAAGCCCUCCCCUUUUCCCCCAGGUAUACUCCAAUCCUAGGCUUCUCAUUGAGCAGCCUCUGUGCUGUAGUCGCAAGCACACACAACUACAGCUUUCCAGUGCUUCUCGUGUUAUGCUUUAUCCACCACGUAUCUUCUGGGCCAUGGUUAGCUGCUUUUCAAGAAUGGCACACUGUCUUCUGCUAUGUGUGCAACUCCUAUCUACACCCAAACCGGUGACCUGCAGUACAAGCUCUUUUACUUAUUACACUAGAGAAUUCCUGCCUCUUUGUGAAUACGUAGAUUCCGUAAUUGUCUCUUACUAGUCAUCGAUGAGACGCCUGGAUUGUGCUGUACAUUUCCCAGCAUGUAAAGAAUGCCAAAAACAAAUGGGGUGUGUGUGUGUGUGAGUAACUGAAAACUACCGUUUGUUCGCGCACAAGCUGAAGUGCUUUGGGUGUCUGCAGUGUCCCUUUAACUCCUACAAACCAGCCAUAAUCUUUGCUCCAAGUGACUAUUUUCAGUCCUGUUUAUUCUGUCUGUAUGAUUUAGAUAAGGUUACCAGACUAGACUGGGCGGGAUAUCCUCACACAAUUGUGUAUUAGAAGGUCUUACUGUGGCUACUUGGGGUCAGCAAGGUGCCCAAACAUCAUAUUCGUCUCUAACCAGUGCCGUUUAGUGCACCCAGGCUGUGAAAGUAUCUGCGUGUCACUGGGAAGCGUGUUGAUUGUGGUAUGAUUGUAUUGUAUUAUACUGCCGAUGCUAUUUCCAAUACCUAAUCAAUGAGGCUUAUAUUGUGAUGUUGGAUAUUCUUUAUUCUGUCAAUAUUUGUAUCCGCGUGACAUUUUACCCUCUGUCUGAUAGGAGUUAUUUUUGUUUGUGCCCUAAUCUCUCUGUGCGCAAGAAUCCACUUAUUGAUUACACUUGAGUGUGAUAACUGUUCAAGGUGGCGAUGGGAUGACUGUAAUAAUUUUACAGUGUUAAAAGAAUGUGAUGAGACAUUGGCUUCAGGGCGUAAAAAAAAAAAAACCAGAGCAAAAUGGCCUCAAUAAUACAAUGUGUACUUUUUCUCUAACUUGUUCACUGUUGUGUAUGAACUAUUGUAUAUUUUAAUUAACGGAGUAACCGUACUUAUCAAUCAGUGUAACUCUGAAUCUUGUAUUUUAAGGAUGCCCUCCAAAAGUUGACAGAAAAGUUACAUUUGAGUGGGACCACGGCAAUCCAAGAUGCCAGCAACCCUGCCAAACACCGCAAUACAACAGCAGUAUUAGGGUGCUUAGCUGAGAAACUGGCAGGUAAGUCAGGCUUCAGCCCCCCACAAAAUAAUAAGCCACAUGUUUCUUCUGCAUCUACUCAUCUGGGUGGUUUUAUUGACUCCUCUACCAUGCGGAGUACAAGUGACUCUCUUUUUAAUGAUGGGAUGUUCGAAUGUAUUCUGAUUUGUUAGUACAUCCUAGUACUGGUGACCAUGAAAGAGAGGUUAGUUACUACUUCCAAUUUUGUACCAAAUUGGGGGAUUCUCGCACAACUUGGUCCCAAAGAGAAAUCUAGCAUAUACAUAGUCUGAAUAGGUGUUACAGAUUGUUGGGAAGCCUAAUAGAUGGCCAGAUUCCUUGUUUUCAGUAUGGGUCAUGUAUGAAACCAGAAACUAUUUGUGUAUAAAUGUGUAUUGUGUACAGCUGUUUUUGUUUGUUUUGAAUUUAUCUUUAUAAUCUCUUUCAGGGCCUGCUAGUGUUUCUUUACUGAGCCCUGGGAUUUUGGAGUAUUUAUUAGAAAGUUUGGUAAGUUUCCAUGAGCACAGUUUGGUACAGCCAGUGAAAGCCUUCUUCUAGAUUAGGAAUCUCCAACUCUGAUCCCUCCAGAUGUUGAUGGCCUGCACCAACCAGAAUCUUUGAAAGCAUGAGAUGGCCAGAGAGUCAUGGGAGUUGGCAAGUUGUUGGUCAGCAACAUCUGUGGGGUGGGGUGGCGGCAGAGCUUGAGAUGCAUGAACUUGAUAGAUGUAGGGAUGGGAGUACUUUUUGGCCUCAAUAUGUUGUAGAUUACAUUAAAGAAAUGCUCCAUAACCUCCACCAUCUGCAGGUAUUCAAAUAGUUUUUGAAUGGUUUGCGGUUUCUACUUCCCACUCCUGCAAUGCAGGGCUUAGCACAUUGGCUGAUAGCACUCCAGGCAUUUUUAGGAGAGCUCAAAUCAGUGGGCACCAGGUAAGAAGUCAUACUGUUGACUGCUUACAAUUAGGGAAGGUUCCAGGCCACUUCUGGCACCAUAACCACUACAGUGAGCAGCAGUGGUUAUGGUGCUUGGAGUGUUCCUUUAACCAGUCACCUGGUUGGCUGAGCACCAUGGGAACCUUUUUCUAUAAGAGUUGGAGUUUCUGAUGCAGUACUGACAGCUGUAAUUGCCUGUUCUGAACACUAAGCAUUUAACCAAACUCUCUGUCUUGCAGAAUUUCAGGUUUCAUCCCAUGGUAAUCCUGUUUGCACUCAUUGCACUGGAGAAAUUUUCACAAACUAGUAAGUAUUAAUCUGUCGCUCUUCGUCCACCUCAAAGCUAUAUUGGAGUGACACACUGUAACACAACAAAUGUGUGUUUUUUGUUGUUGUUUUUUUCAGGUGAAAAUAAAAUGACUGUUUCUGAAUCACUAAUCAGCGAUCGCCUCCUCUUACUAGAGAGCUGGACAAAUAAUGCAGAUUACUUAAAGCGGCAGGUCGGGUUCUGUGCUCAGUGGAGUUUGGACAACCUAUGUAAGCAUUGCUCCCAAUCCUUUAAGAUAUGUAACUAAUGGAUAUAGUGAUGUUGCACAGUAGCCAAUUCCUUCAAUUUCUUGCAGUCCUAGGCUAUAACUUUUUGUAUCCAUAACUGAAGUGUUCCAUAUGAAAGACAGAAUUGGAUUUUUGUUUAAGAAUUUCGCUAUAACCCUCCACCCCUCCUGUCUGCGUGUGACAGCGGACCAUGUUCCAAUAUAACAAAACAAAAUAUACAAAAAGUAUAUAGUUGUGUAGGCGCUUCCAACCUUAAAUACAAACAAUAUGAGUGAGUGUGAAAAAAGGUGUAAUCCCUUAACACCUAAAGACAAAGUAGAAAGAUAAAUAGAUAGAUUCACACACACUCAGGAAAAGUAUAUACAAAAUAUAUACAAAAAUAGGUAUACCACCUAUUGUAGACGUAAAUAUGUUGUUAACAUCUGAAAAACAAAUGGAACAUACAUAGUGCUUUCCAUAUAAAUUAAAUAAACAAACUAUAAUAUUUGAGGAUAAAACUCACAAAGAUGGAGCCUCAUAGGCUCUAUGUACAUCACUCUUGGGUGCCUAUUCAGGCUCUCGAUAGAUUUCUGUUGGAAGAACUCGAGGUCCACAGUAGUAGAUGCAGAUACAAAUUUAUUGAAUAAUAAUAAUAAUAAAAUAUUAAAAGAGAAUAUAGAUAACUAGGGACAAGGCAGGUAUAAUCAUGGAAUAUAAUACAGUAUUGCACCGCAAAUGGCCAAAAAAAAUAAAAGCAGUGGAACACUACAAUUCAUAGACAAAAAAAAAAAAAAUUGUCUAUGAAGUAGUGUUCCACUGCUUUUAUUUUUUUUGGCCAUUUGCGGUGCAAUACUGUAUUAUAUUCCAUGAUUAUACCUGCCUUGUCCCUAGUUAUCUAUAUUCUCUUUUAAUAUUUUAUUAUUAUUAUUCAAUAAAUUUGUAUCUGCAUCUACUACUGUGGACCUCGAGUUCUUCCAACAGAAAUCUAUCGAGAGCCUGAAUAGGCACCCAAGAGUGAUGUACAUAGAGCCUAUGAGGCUCCAUCUUUGUGAGUUUUAUCCUCAAAUAUUAUAGUUUGUUUAUUUAAUUUAUAUGGAAAGCACUAUGUAUGUUCCAUUUGUUUUUCAGAUGUAAUCAACAUAUUUACGUCUACAAUAGGUGGUAUACCUAUUUUUGUAUAUAUUUUGUAUAUACUUUUCCUGAGUGUGUGUGAAUCUAUCCAUGUUCCAAUAUAAACCUAAAACUUCUUCCUUAAUGGUCUGUUUUGAUGUUUUAGAAGAAGUACGUGGCUGUGAGCACUAUUUAUUUAUAGGGUUUGUGUAUUCAUACACCUAAACAACGAAGUGUGUAGGCGAAUGCUACUGGGGGUUCUGGAGACAUCAUAAUAAAACAGGAGAGACUUCUGAAUGUUUCCGAACCUUGAGGUUAUAUAUUUGUGUGUGUUUUUUUUUGUUUUUUGUUGUUGUUUGUUUUGGUGGAAGUUCUAUUCCUACCAACCGCUACUAUUUUAUUACAUCUGUCCUAAGUUCAGCCACUCUUCAACUGCGAGAAGAAGAGCUAGGAAAUCUCUAUGCAUUUCACCCUUAGGAGAGCCACAGAAUUAAAGGUAGCAACUGCAAAUAGCAGUUCAUUGCAAUUCAAUUAGAGGCAUCAAAUCUGAGUUGUUUUUUUGGGAGGGGGACAGGGGGGGGGGGUUUCCUCCUUCUCCUCCUCCUUCUCCUCCUUCUCCUCCUUCUCCUCCUUCUCCUCCUUCUCCUCCUUCUCCUCCUUCUCCUCCUUCUCCUCCUUCUCCUCAAUGCACCAAGUGAGAUAAUCUAUUAGGCAGUGUUGGAUUUGAAAAAAAUACAGACAAAAUAAUACUUUCUUGCCAUGACAGAUCUGCUUAUUCCUAACGCUGUGUUCCUCGGUCCGCACUGCCCUUCCUCCGGCGAUGUAAAGGGUUAAAUAGCCCUUUAUUAAUUUAGCUGAUUCCAGCACUGAUGUUACUAUUAGCUGGCUUGCGGUCCUCCUGCUCCGUUGUCAGGGCUGGGCUAAUGAGCAUGUACUGCAAGUGUCGCACGCAUUUAGCCUUCCCCAUAGGAAAGCAUUGCCUUGACAUUGGAUGUCCUCCUUAUGAAACUUUAGGAAGCACCUCUAAUGGCUGUCUAGUAGACUGUCACUAGAGACCGUCUUAGUACUGUUAUGUAAAUAUAAUCAUUUUCUCUAAAAUGCAAUGUUUUACAUUGCAGGACUAAGGAGACCGUGACACUGCAGCCAGACCACUUCAAUGAGAUAAAUGGUGUGGGUGCCUAUAGAGUCCCUUUUUAAAUAAGGAGCUCACAUUUAAACAUCCUUACUUUUUUAGCGGUUUCCUUGUUUUUGCAAGUUGGUAUGGCCACACAGAUUUGAUUGAAUUCUAAUUUACAUCGUUGCCUGUGAUAAAUUAAGAAUCAUGGGAGAUGUAAGGUAAUUUACAUUUCCUGGUUGUGUGUUAUAAGUAGAUCAUUUUUGACAUAACAGUAUAAUUAUAUUCAUCUUAAUCUCCAAAAUAAUAAAAUACUAGCAAUGGAGGCAUGGUACAGAGCAAGCAGCCAUUCUGGUAGGGAAAGUUUUUGCAGCGCUCAGAGUUGCUUAACCCAAUGAAAAACGACUAAUUCACACAUUCUUUAGUGGCCCCAGCUUUUUGGGAUACCCUCCUAUAACUAUGGGUCACAGAAGCAAGAAAAAUAAAUCUCACCACUGACAUGGGAGAUAUCCUUCGAAGGCUGCAUACCUCCCAGAGUCCUGUUAUAGCGUUGCUGCCUGGGAGGCCCUUGCGGUCAUCUAGUGAGACCUCGAUUAGUGAUGAGAAAGAUCAAAUUGGAGCAUACUCAUAUACAUGUUGCAAGUUCUUAUGGCUUAGCUGUCCCGGAGGAGACCCUAAAAAGCUUAUUGAAGGAUCUGCAACGCAGUUUUGUGGCUGAAAUAGGUCAGUUGAGAGAGGAGAUAAAUUUGGGGUAUUUGCACGGGUUUGGUGGAUACUAUAGACAAAUCUGAAUUACCCCAUCUUAUUAGGAGACUGCUCCCCCAAUUAUUUUCUGCCAAACUGGUAAAGUCUGUUUCUAGAUGGCUGUUAUCACAUACAAAUCUAUUUGCCGAGUAAAAAGAAUAUUCUCACUAAUGGGUCUGGUCCACCUGGGAAAUAACUGCUGCUGUACUCAAGAUUUGAUCUGUGCACAAAUUCUACAACUAAAAGCACUGCAUUAUGUAAAUUGUGUUUCUGGAUUUAUUUAGAAUGCUUUAUACUCCUUGUGUUGCCCAGAAAAAUUAGUUUUGAAUAGAAUAUGAAAGCUGACCUGUAAACUGCUGGCAAACAUGAUUUAAUGCGAUAGUCAAUGGUUACUUAGCGCUGGGCGAGGGGUGUCCUACUUUGCAGGAUUGUGAAUGCUGCAUUUUGAUUGCCAACACUCCCUUCUUACCCUGUUUUCCUAAUGACCACAUACAAACAUAAGCUACAGCAUACGGUUUAAUACGAGACGUCAGUCUCCUUGGAAGUAGGUGAUUGCUUAACCCUCCCAUAACCAAAGGGUGUGAGUAGUUGGAGUUUUUAUUGGGUUUUGUUAUUACGUCUUGUUUCCCAUAACCUGUGCGUGCUGUUAAGUUUUUAUGUAUCAUUGAGGCCUGGUUUGUUUGUGUGCGUUGUUGUCAGACAUCUGUUUGUUUGUUUGCACUGCUUACGUUUCAAUGCUUAAUAUCGUCUUGUGUUUUGCUAAAUCCUUAACUUGCCGUGAACCCUAGGGGAAUAAACCUUCUCAUUUUGUUUGCAGUCUUAAAAGAAGGAAGAGCGCUAACCUAUGAGAAAGCAGACUUAACGCCAAUUAACGCCAUGCUUAAUAGUAAUGAUGUAAGCGAGUACCUCAAGAUCUCUCCUUAUGGAUUAGAAGUAAGCUGGUUUUAUAUAUGCCUCUUUAACACUUAUUAAUGAUUGUAUUUUUCCUAAAAUGGCUCUGCAAUUGUUCUGCCUCGGAACAGUUUUAAAAUCUGCAUACCUUAAACAGAGGACCUACAAUUUUAUAAACCUGCUUGGGUGUUGUGGCUCAGUUUGUAGAGACUUCAGAAUUGUGUGUAUUUAUAAGGCACAGAUUAUCCGUAUACCACUCUCUGCCUGCCAGCAUAUCAGCUAGUUGGAUAUAAGAUUAUUGGUCAAGCCAUGGUAUAUUGUGAUUCGUGUGCAGUGUAAUUAUUUAUUUACUAAUGUGAAUACUCCACACUGGAUUUAGCAAAUGCAGUACAUCUAGUGGGAAUAAAAGACCCCCAUGCCACCAUCCAGAGUCCUGUAGAAGUUCUAUGAACAGACUGAUUAAAGAAAGAUGCAGACACUGAGGUUUCUGUGUUCAUAAGAUUACUCGGAAUGACAGAACAGUCGGCAGCCAAUGUCCGAUUGAACUUCGGCCCUGUGUCUCCCAGUGAUCACCUAUACCAUUGUAUCUUGAAACCUUGGCUGGUGAUAACACAGAAUGCAAAAGUAAUAAGAAGCUGUAUAUUUUUUUUAAUUUUUGCGGGGAGGGGUGGUGGGGCUUUGUAAAUUUUGAUCAUUUGUGUAGAAGAAAAAGGAUAGUUUUACAUUGUGCUAAGCAAAUUACUAUAUUUGAAUUUUAUUGUGAAUUUUUGCCAUCAUCCUAGAGUUAAAGAGAAUAGAAAUGAUAUCAGUCCUUAAUAUGUUGGAGAAAACAUAUGAUAUCAUUAUUAUUUCCUGCACUUGUUGAUACUAAUUAUACACCUUAGGCUGAAAAAAAAUGAAAUGGAGAAUAGAAAUCGCAAAAAGAAGAAAUCAAAUUGCUGCAACCAGGAUAUAGUUACGAACAUUUCAUUUUUAAAUGGGUAUAUUUAAAACCCCAAUAUUUGAAUCAAACGUUAGCAGAAGUGGUAGGACAAACCAAAUUUUAUUUAUUUAUAUAUAUAUAACCAUUUAAAAAUUUUAAGUGUUCGUAACUAUCUCCUGGUUGCAGCAAUUUGAUUUCUUCUUUUUGCUAUUUUUAUUCUCGAUUUCAUUUUUUUUCACCCUAAGGUGUGGGUUGAUCUACUGGGAUUUAAGGAGUUACACACUUAUCUUGAGCCCAUUACCUAAACCUUCCUAUCUAUCCGAAAGGAUGUCAUUCCUUUUUGGUGACUCUUUAUUUUAUUAUCCUAGAGUUAAAGAUUGCAAAUGAAGUGACUGCUCCUCAAACUGUCACCCAUCCCCAAAUCACCUUUGUAGGGUCGAUAUUUUCUUGUCUUGAAGGCCGUUUUUUGUAGUAUCAAAUAGCCGUCUGGAACUUGUCUGAUUUUAUUAUACAUCUUGACUUUGUUCCCAGCUAAUGUGUGUUUCUUGUGUGUUAGGCUCGAUGUGAUGCCUCCUCCUUUGAGAGUGUUCGCUGCACAUUUUGCGUAGAUUCUGGUGUCUGGUACUAUGAAGUUACGGUUAUUACCUCUGGAGUCAUGCAGAUAGGCUGGGCAACCAAAGACAGCAAAUUCCUCAAUCACGUGAGUAUCUUCCCUUACACCUUAAACUGGAACCAUGUAAAACGCGUCCUUCAAUAA